AGACAGAGAGUCUCCGUACGGAGCUAGAGAGACAAAGCGGACGAUGGAGGGGGGAGGAAGGGUUUCGUGGAUGAAAUAUGGGCCUUUGGUGUCCCUGUUUGUGGUUGUUUUGGCGUUGUGGUUCCGGUCACCCCAGAAUGCAGGACUGGACGACCGGCUGGACACCGUGCUGUCCUCUCUGCUGCGGGCUGAACGUAAAGUCGGGAUAAAUAACGUCGCCAGACCCAAAGUGGCUGUCGGUUUUGGAGGUUGUGUUGAUCUGAUAGUGGAUGCGGUAUCGUUGCUUAAUAAGAUUGGCCUCCCUCCCACGGACCAGCCCCUUCAUCAUAACUACAUAGAAAAUGAAGUGCAGCUGGCUCAGAGCUUUGCCUAUUUCUUUGCACCGGGAGCUGCUGCAGAGCGUUUUAUGCUAAAUGACACCCUAUUCAGUGAGCUGGUUGAAGCGUCCCGUGACUUACCUGGAAACAGAUGGGCAGUAGGCGGCAAUGCCCCGGUAAUGGCUGGUCGCAUGGCAACUGAGGGAUGUGAUGUGUUGCUAGGGGGAAGCUUCAGCCCCGAUUUUACUGAUGUCCUGUCCCAGCACAUUACAGUGGCAGGUAACAUAGUGGAAGAGCCAGACAUUCAUCUGAUCCUGGAGUAUCCAUCUGGUGCUAGCUGGGGGCACUAUACCUCACGCAGAGCCAACAGAUACAUCGUGCACAGUGACGACCAUAACCCCUACCUGGCCUCCAUGCAGGAGUUUGCUGCGAAACUCGAAACCUUCAAACCAGAUCUGCUGGUGGUGGGUGGGCUGCAAAUGAUGGAUAACUUCCCAUUCCAGUCAGGUGAGCGCGACGCUCUCCUCUCCCGCCUGGCCAACAUCAUGUCGUCCUCGUCUGCACAGAUUGGGGUCCAUUUUGAGAUGGCCAGUUUUGUAGAAGAGAGUAUAAUGGAAGACCUACUUCACUAUGUCAUCCCCCACGCGGACUCUUUAGGGAUGAAUGAACAGGAGCUUCCCAACCUGCUCAGUCUACUUAAAGGCGCCAACAUCACAGUGUUGUCUGACCCAAACCCUCGUGUAGCUACUGUCCUCGACCAGAUGAGGGAGGUCUAUCGCAUUUUAAACCAGCGCUACAAGGAUGCCAGCACAGAAGACGAAGCAUACGGUGCAAAGGUUAAGCCGCUGACUCGGCUCCACGUCCACACGCUGGCCUUUCAGGCCAUGAUUGUGACACGUGGCUCCCAGUGGAAGAACACCAUGUCAGCCACCGCCAAGGCCUCUCUCACAGCUAACCGCCAUGUCUGUGGCUCUAAUGACAUUGACCCCAGCAAGGCAAGGCUUAUCAUGGAUGACUCCUUCUCUGUUAGCCGGCAGGAGGGCAGCCAGCGUAUACCCCUGCAGGAGACCAGGCCUGUCAGCUGCUGGGAUGAGGUGGACUAUGAGAUCUGCGUAGCUCCGGUACUGGUGUGCACUGAGGUUUACCAAACUGCAGGUGGAGGGGACAACAUCUCAGCCGCUGGUCUCGUGCUGCAGAUCUAGAGAAAACCACUUUAUGGUCUGUCUGUGUGGAGUGCUAAUGAGAUGUUGGCAAACAAUGUGACUGUGGAAACUUGAUCUAGGUGUGAUGCAAAGUAGCUGUUGUGGCAAACACAGGUACUGAUUGUGAAAUUUAUCAGACUAAUGCUGUCACACCUGAAGUUCAUGGCCCAGAUAAGGAAAAUUGAUUGUUAUCAUUCGUGGGAGUCAGAUGAUGGCGUACAGUGGUUAUUAAUCAGGUCAGAAAAGCAGAUUUUUAAAUGUAUGGAAUCAAUUUUGUUUUUUGAGGUAGAUGCAGGUAAAACUCAAAGUCAAACAUUUCCGUUUUUUGCCUUAAUUCUCAGUCAAGUGUGUGUGUAGGGGUUGGUCAUCACUGGAUUUCACCCCCGUUGCAUUAACAUUAUAAUAUACAUAUAAUAAUAUGUAUACGCAAAGCCCCUUUACAUCCAGUUCAUUUGAUUGUUAGAGCCCAAACUUAAAAAGAGGCACUGCUGUGCUCUGUCCAAAUUUAAUUGAACCCACCCAACAUCUUUGCCAAGUCAUUGUAGCCCAUCAUCUGACUCCUGUUCUGUAUUUCCCCAUGGCCUUACAAGACUUAGCCUUCAGUCAGGGUGAGAUAAAGAGGGAUGAGGUUUGGAUAAAGUCAUAACAGGUUGUUUUUGUCGAGGCACACUGGGUCGUCUGUGGCAUGAUGUUUUUGAAAUGUGGAAGUUUUGACAAAGCUGCAUUUUCUGCUGUAGGAUCAAUUCCCUUUGUUAUAUUUAUGUGUGGCUCCACUAUGCAACACACUUGUACACAUAGUUGUGUAAUUUCUGUAAUGCUUGAAUCUUCUGUUUUAGUAGUGUAAUUAGGUGAUGUCAAAAUCCACAGUUUGAAUCAGUUAACGGGGCUUUGACCCCCCCCAACCUCACAGCAAAUGUAAUUUCUGAAGAGCCAACCCUUUUUAAUCAGAAAGCUCUGUCCUGCUUCUUCCCUCUCUUAUCUCAUUCCCAAAGGCAAAGAAAGAUUUCCAGUAGAAAGCUAGUGAGGUGAUCACCUCCUGUUCUUCCUAAUAUAUGUGAACAAUGUGGUUUGGGUGUGGUUGAUUUGUUAUGAGAUUGUCAUUCCUCUGUGUGUCAGUUGCAGUGCAAUAAUGCAAAAACAUUGUUAAGAGACCACUGUUGGUAGCUGAAUAUGAUGUCAAAAAUAUCCUCUCUACCUCCAUCUUCUUUUUGUUUCUCCUUCUCUUUUUACCCUCUUCUCAUUGUUGUUUCCAUGUUGCUCUGUCAAACCUUUUCUAUAAUCUGUCAUAUUUCUUCCUUGUUCCUUCCCCUUUUCUUCUGUCUAUUUAUGGAACUUUUAAGGACCAAAUAACCAGUGUGGACUGCCGCUGAUAACAUAGCUGCACAGGAGAAGUCACUGGCAGCCAGUUCAUACAUUCUCACAUGGUAUGGCUGCAUACAGUGGAACACAAUCUCAUCUAUAGUUUUAAAUUUUUCCAAGAAAGUAGGGGGUUCUUACUUGUAGAAGGAUUAGAAGCCAGAUAUAUUUCAUUUUCUUAAAAUAAUAUCUGUAAGUGGCUUCUAAAUGGCCACCAACUCCCAUUUCACUCUUUUCAGGUUUCGAAUCAUGUAUUUGUGACUGGACUUACAUGUCGCUGAUGUAAAGUUUACUAUGUUUCUCACUAUUUACGAAUCAGACAUUCCAUCACAAACCCAGCUUCAGUUCUCUUCUCCAUUCAGAAUGAAGUAUGUUUGAGAAAAACACCUCAACAUGCAAGUGGAUUAUUUUAUUUCUUGCAUACACAAUUUCAUUUCUUUAUUAGUUAAGUAAAGUUGCUUGUCGAAGCCUCUUCUCACUGAGGGACGCAUUUAUUCGUGUUACAAAUACAACAAGUAAGAGAAAAAAGAGCUUAAAGGUAAAAAAAUCCUUUUUAAAUCUUUUCUCUCUGUCAAGACUAGUGAUUUGAUGCCGUUUGAUUAUGCUGAACAUAAAUGAGCCUUAUUCUGUUGUGACUUUUGGUGUUUAGUGAAAAGGGAAUGUUUAAUACAGACUUUUUCUCAUACUGUAGGCUUAUGUGUUAUUUUCUGAUGUGUUUGUCUUACACAGUUGUUGGAAACCAAAAGUAACGGGUCAUUGUUUUUACUGUGAAAUGAAACUUUAAAGCAGAACUUCAGCAUGUAUUCAUGUUCGGAUAGAGAUCUGCUUGUGUUUGCUACCAUAUCAUAUUCUUAUCUAAGCUAAAGAUAAGUCAUGUCAUCCCGGUUCCAAAGCUGUGUUUAACUGUUUCAUGCAUGUAUAACUAUUCAAUGCAGAAUCACUUAAGAUAAAAAUGCUAUGCUGAUAAAGCCAA